AAUAGAUCAGAACUGAGACCCAAGGAACAGCGAUCAGAACUGAUACAUUCAUAGAUCAAGAUAAAAAUGAGAUUUCUACUUGCCGUGAUGUUGGCUCUCCUGGUGAGUGGUGCGAUGCCAGGCGGGGCUUCCGAUACAGACGGGAAUGAGGGGGUUGUCAGGGGCGUUCGACAAGCUACUGACCAAGAUACUGACCAAGGCACCAACAAGACUACCGAGAUCUUGACCAAGCUGGAAGAAGCUGUGAAUGGAAAGAUUAGUGCAGCUCUGGACCAAGUCAAUAAGUUUUUCCUUCAACCUAACCGCGAGGAGACGGGUGAUAAACAGAAACGGAACUGGUUAAAGAAGGCUUGGCGACGGAUUCGGCCAGUCGUUACAGCUGUGGGCGUGGCGACUAUUUUAGGACGUGACGUCACGAAUGCCGAUGCUGAAGUGACCCCUAGCCCUGACUCCACAUUUCCAACAGCUCAAGACAUCGCUCUAACCAAACAGGCCCUCAACAUACUGUGGACGGCAGUGACGGCUAUGGAGACAACGGUCAACCAGUCAGCCAAUCAAAAGUCUUAGAUGGAUACUAUGAUGGAACAAAUAAACUAUUAAAUAAAAUCUAUUCAA